UUAACACGCUUCCUCAGCUGGGUGUUCAUUUCAGUCUGCAGUACGGUAUCCUCAAGUCUGAACCCUUGGAUGAGGGUCACUUGCCAGAGGAGGAUUUUUUUUUUUCUUCUGCCUCUCUGUUUUUUUAUACUUCCUUCUUGGGCAGAAGGCUGGUGUAAUAGAAACCAGACACAAGCCAGAAUGUGAGGCAUUCACAGCGGCGAGACCUCACUUCUUCACAGAGUGAGAAAACAGGAUAAAUAGAAAGUCUAGUAUAUAGCAAGUUUGGUUAUUAUUUUUGCUUUUUUGUGCCAUUUUGGAAGUUAUCAGUAAGUUGGAAAAGGCCAGGACUUUAGGAUGCAAGUGGAAUUCAAUGGAUCAAGCUGUUGAGGGGAUAUGUAGAGAGGGCAGAGGAAACCUUCAGGAUGGGAAAUGCAUGUACAGCUUUACAAGACUCUAGUUGAAAAGCUUGUAAGAGCAACAUGAGCUGGAGCUUUCUUACUCGUCUCCUGGAAGAGAUCCACAACCACUCCACCUUCGUGGGGAAAGUGUGGCUGACCGUGCUCAUCAUCUUCCGCAUCGUGCUCACAGCAGUCGGAGGCGAGUCCAUCUACUCGGAUGAGCAGACCAAGUUCACCUGCAACACCAAGCAGCCGGGCUGUGACAACGUGUGCUACGAUGCCUUCGCCCCGCUCUCUCAUGUCCGCUUCUGGGUCUUUCAGAUCAUCAUGAUCUCCACACCCUCCAUCAUGUACAUGGGUUACGCCAUUCACAAGAUAGCCCGAACUUCUGAGGAGGAGCGCAGGAAGCACCAAAGGCUCCGCAAAAAGCCGCCUCCUCAUUCGAGGUGGAGAGAGAGCCACCAUCUGGAGGAUGUCUUGGAGGAGGAGGAAGACGAUGACGCCGAACCCAUGAUCUAUGAGGAUACACUGGAAGUGCAGGAGGCCAAGCCUGAGCAAGUCAGCAGCGCUAGCAAAGACCCACCAAAACAUGAUGGCCGCAGAAGAAUUAUGCAGGAAGGACUGAUGAGAAUCUAUGUUCUGCAGCUCAUGUCAAGAGCUAUUUUUGAAAUUGCUUUCCUUGCAGGACAGUAUCUCCUCUAUGGUUUUCGAGUUAAUCCUUCAUAUGUGUGCAGCAGGAUUCCCUGUCCACACAAAGUGGACUGCUUCAUCUCCAGGCCCACAGAGAAAACAAUCUUCCUCCUCAUCAUGUACGUGGUAAGCUGUCUUUGUCUGGUUCUAAACGUGUGCGAGAUGCUUCACUUGGGUAUCGGCACUUUUCGGGAUACCCUUCGCAUGAAAAGGAACCGGGGCCGACGGACGUCCUACGGCUACCCGUUCUCUCGCAACAUCCCGGCUUCCCCUCCGGGCUACAACCUAGUGAUGAAGACGGACAAACCCAGCAGGAUCCCCAACAGCCUCAUCACCCAUGAGCAGAACAUGGCUAAUGUGGCCCAGGAGCAGCAGUGCACCAGCCCGGAUGAGAACAUCCCCUCCGAUCUGGCGAGCCUGCAUCGCCACCUACGGGUUGCCCAGGAGCAGCUCGAUAUGGCCUUUCAAACAUAUCAGACCAAAAACAACCAGCAGACCUCCAGAACCAGUAGUCCUGUGUCUGGAGGAACAAUGGCAGAGCAAAACCGAGUCAAUACAGUCCAGGAGAAACAAGGAGCCAGACCAAAAUCAGCCACAGAGAAGGCUGCAACCAUUGUAAAAAACGGAAAGACCUCUGUCUGGAUCUAAAGAGAAAUCUAAUUUAGUACAUUAACAAUAAAAACGUUCACGACUCCAGGACUGCACUGUGAUACAGCUGGAGGGUGUGUGUGCGUGUGUGUGAGCAGGAGAUGCAACUUUGGGACAAUAACAACUGAGAAUUUCAAUCACUCUAGCUGAAGGAGUACAGUACACAGUAGGUUUAGUUUUUGGGAAUUUAAAAAAAAAGAAAACACACAUGAAGAAAUUAUCAAAUCCAGUAUCUUGAAUCUUCUUUGUUACUGUAGUGUGUCAUCUUGUGCUUGCCAUAGCUUUUCAGACAUGGUUAACAUAUGCUUACUUAGUUAAACAUCUCUAAUUCCAGCUAAAAAUGUCCAAGUAUAAACAGAAUGCUUCAGGCUGUUUAUCUGAUCUACCCUUGACUGCCACUGAACUGGAUUAAUUUGAAGAAACUUAACUUUGAAAGUGUGUGAUUGUACCCUGAAUCCAAAUUUGAAGAUGCAGCACAAAACACUGUACAGACGCACAAUGAGUCAUUUCUGAGGAAUGAUGAUUGUUGUUGGAAAGAUGCAUGUUUAAUAUGUGGGGGGAGUAUUUUUUGGAUGUAGUAUGGAUGAGUGUGCUGGGCACAGAUUAAAGGUGAAAUAUGUUGAUAAAGGUAAUGAAAGAGGGCUGUGUCACUGUGGGCUCUUCUGGUAAACAUCUGCUCAGUGUGAUGAUCUUCAGGCGUUGCGUGCGAAGCCUUUAUCUAUUCUGUGUUUUUCAAAGCCUUGCAGUGUCACAUAUGAAGGGGAGGAGGUAAGUGAAUAGAAAAUCUGAUUAUUUUCAAAGUAAAUACUGAUUUUCUGCAAUCUGAAGCAGAUGAUGCAUGCUCUACAACUGGGAACAUAGAGUGUACACUUAGGCUACAGUAGAAAUCCCAACCUUUGCUAUUCAGUUAGCUUACAUUUAUGUUACGUUUAGGCAUGUUGUCUUGAAGAUGAGCAUUUUAGUUUACCUGUCAUUGAAGCAGUAUGUUUCUAAAAAAGCUUUCAGAGUAGUAUUUAAUCCUGCCUUCACCGUUGUCAUACUUCAAAGUGCCUCAGACUUUUAAAGACUGUUCUAGUAUUUUAUUCAUGAAGAAAUAAACUUAUUUGAAACCUCUGA